AUGGCAGAAACCAACGCGUUCACCGCCCCCGGGUGUGGCGCUAAUGAGGCUAAAGAGGCUAGUGAUCGGACUGAUUUUUCCGACACUCCGGCGCUUGACCCUUUUGGCCCAACACCAGGAGUGAACAACACGGAAGAAGAGCGCCAUGACGACGCCCGUCCACCGCAUCUGGCCUUUUCGUCUUCGGCUUCAGCUCCUGCUCCGGCCUCUGCAGCGGUCGCUUUCCCUACGCUUGACUUCGCUCCUUUUUCCGACUUUCCCUCAUUGAUCAGACCCGACCGCGAGAUCAAGAGCGCACCCGUUUCUCCAGUCGGUACUACCAACGCGUCCCCCACCCCGUCCGCUUCCAAGGCACCCUUUGUACGUGGCCACCGCCGUCGUUCCACCCACGUCACUCAUAGGGACCUUGAGAAAUUCCAGAAAGAGAUUCUUGGCGUAGAGACCCCGCCGGUUGGCUUUUACGACGAACACGGGCCUCCACCAUCCACCGACCCGGCUCAGGACCCUCAGUUUGAAGCUUUGAACCGCGCUUUCUGGGCCGCAAGCAUGUCCUUGAACAACGCAGGGGGCAUGUCUGGCAGUAACCCCGGUGCGAACGUGUUCGCUGGCUAUGUGGAUAACACCGGAGGUGGUCCGAACAUGUCCAAUGCUCCCCGCCAAUCCAUGUCGCCUGCCAUGUCCCAUGCUCCUGGUCAGGUCAAUGGCGCCGGAAUGCCUGGGAUGAACGGUGGCAUGCCUAUUAAUGCGGGGCAGCAGAUGGAUCUCCAUCAUCUCUACGAUAUGGUCCUUGAGUUGAGUGAGGUAUUGAAGAAUAAUCGUGAGACUACGAAGAGUAUAGUCAACAGCGCGGAAGAGAUCAUGAAACGCUCUGCUGCCGAGGGAGUCAGUCCGAACAUCCAGCAAGUUAAUGGUGAACUCUCAGCUGCCCGCAUUGCGGAACUUGAACGCGCCCUCGCAAAAGAGAAACGUCUCACCGAAAUCCUUCGGAAUGAGCAGGUGGAGAACACUAAACUGAUCGGUGAAUAUGAGGCUGCAGUGGGUGUUAUGGUGGAACAGAUUCGCAACUACUGCCAGAACAACAACCUCCACUACCUAGCGCAGAAACGUCACUACAACAACCUUCUCCAGGCUGAACGUGACUCGCACCUGGAAAGUCGCUUGGAUCGGGACUAUUGGCAUGCACAGACCAUGAAGUGCGCCGAGAUGAUCCGCACCGCCUAUCGCCUGCGCUGCGAGGAGGAAGAAACCCCUAUUCGCAUCGUUGCUGGUCUCCAGAACGAAGUGCGUGCCUACCGUAACGCCCUCGGCAUGGAGCCUGAGAAGCCCGAGGAGGAAUACGGAUGGGAGAUCCUGAAAGACGUCCCCGGCGGUUCCGAGUAAAGUAACAUGGCAGCUUCUGUACCCUGGUGGUAUGCCUGAGCUAUGACGAUGACGACUUGGUUAUCGAUUUUCAAAGAUAUUACAUUGCGUGUGGCGUUAUGGAGCAGCUCAUGUUACUUACGGAUUGUUUUCGGGGAGAUACCCAUCUGCGCAUGAUUUGUAUCAUAGUCUUCUGCUGGUUAUGGGGUGAUUGUAUUGUCUCGUUGGACAUUCGUGGAUUUUCCACCUAGUCUACGGACUUGAGGGUUUGUUUUCAAGCAGUUUACAAGCAUUCCACACAUGGACUACCAAUGAUGCAUGCUAGAUUUACAUGCAUUCUACAAAUGCAAUCCCGCCGCUUGCUUGCCCUAUUAUCUUGUGCCUCUGGUGUAAACGGGAGACAUCUAAUCUAUUCCGUAUAGAACACUUCAUCCAGGACCUUCCACCACCCGGGACCUUCAGCACU